AUGCACAGCUUCCGCCAUCUGGACCUGCGGCGGCCGCUCAUGGCAGCCAACUUGCGCCGGCGCCACCAGAUUGUGAAGACGCUCAGAAGGUUCCUGGAGGAUGACCUGGGCUUUGUGGAGGUGGAGACGCCCAUUCUCACGCGCUCCACGCCUGAGGGCGCCCGCGACUACCUCGUGCCGUCCCGCGUGCAGGGGGGUGAGUUCUAUGCACUGCCACAGAGCCCUCAGCUGUUCAAGCAGAUGCUCAUGGUGUCGGGCUUCGACCGCUACUACCAGGUGGCACGGUGCUUUCGAGACGAGGAUCUGAGGGCGGACCGCCAGCCUGAGUUCACCCAGCUGGACAUGGAGCUGUCUUUCACACCGUUGGAUGAGAUGCUCGCGCUGAAUGAACGGCUGAUGCAGCACCUAUUCCAAACCAUUAAGGGCGUGAAGCUUCCAAGCACCUUCCCUCGUCUAACCUACGCUGAAGCAAUGCUCCGCUUUGGCUCGGACAAACCGGACCUGAGGUUCGGAAUGGAGAUAGCUGAUAUCUCUCACAUCGCCGCGGGCAGUGGGUUCAAAGUGUUCGAAUCUGCCCUGGAAUCAGGGGGCGUGGUGAGGGCAGUGUCAGUGCCGGGCGGCGCAGCAAAGAUUUCAGCGACGCGGGUGAAGAAGGGCGACGUGUUUCAGGAGGCUGUCAAGGCGGGCGCCAAGGGGCUGCCCUUCCUCAAGGUGCUGCCACAAGGCAACAUAGAGGCCAUUCCAGCCCUCUCUGCUGCCUUCUCAGAUGCCGGCAAAAGAGCCGCCCUUCUGCAGUCCCUGGACGCGCAAUCGGGCGAUCUUGUCUUAUUCGCAGCGGGCCCGGCCAAUCAGGUGGCAGCAACGCUCGGGCGGCUGCGGCUAUACGUGGCGGGCACCUUGGGUUUGAUUGACGAAUCAGCAGAGGCGAUUCUCUGGGUGACUGACUUCCCCAUGUUCGAGUGGAACGAGGGGGAGCAGCGGCUGGAGGCACUACACCAUCCGUUCACGGCCCCCCAUCCGGACGACAUGGCAGACAUCAGCACGGCCAGGGCUCUCGCCUACGACCUUGUGUACAAUGGUAUAGAGAUCGGAGGUGGCAGUCUGCGCAUCUUCCGGCGGGACGUGCAGGAGAAGGUGUUUGACUGCAUCGGCCUCACCCCCCAACAGGCGGAGGAGAAGUUUGGAUACCUCAUGGAGGCGUUCGACCUCGGGGCCCCACCACACGGUGGCAUAGCCUACGGGUUGGACCGCCUGGCAAUGCUGCUGCUCGACCAGCCGUCCAUCCGCGAUGUCAUUGCCUUCCCCAAGACCACCGCUGCCCAGUGCCUGCUCACCAACGCCCCUGCUCCAGUGGCGGAGCGCCAGCUGGCAGAGCUGUCGAUCCAGGUGGCGGGGGAGGAAGGGGAGGACGAUAGGGAGGAGGGGAGGUGA